UAAAUGAAUAUUUAAAAAAAACAAAAUGGCUUCCUACAUGCGAUAUUCGUGCACACGUGGUUAUGACAGAUUUGGUAUUGCAUGUAUACGUUUAUAAUAGUUUAGAUUUAUUAUACAACUUGUGACAAUCUUUUUUACUAAGAAAACUGAAUUUCUUCCUAUCUUUGUUAUUUUGUAUGUAAAUAACAGCCAUAAUGGCAACAGUAUUAAAAGAGGAAGGAAUUGAUGAAAAACAGGACAAUAAAUUUAAUGAAAUUGUACCAGAUAUAGAUCUUUGUAAAAAAUGUGGUAAUCAGUGUAACUCGUACACUAAACCAGCUCUACGUUGUAAUGGUGAUUGCGCUAGGAAAAUUCAUAUCGAGUGCCUUCAAAGAGGAAGCGUUCCAGUGUCUUUUGUUGGAGAUGUCUUUUUUGUACUACAUUGUACUGAAUGCAGUCCAUUAGGCGAAGAAACAAUUAUACGAGAUCGAAUGCCAUGGCUUAAUGUAAUUGUAUUAACUUUGUACAAUUUGAGAGAAAAAUCCAGCGGAAUAAGUAAAAAAGGAUACUUCCAUUGGAAGUCGGAUAUCAGUACUUUUGUAGACCGUAAUUGGGAUAAUUUAUUUAAGAAGAAUGUCAAAAGGAAAAAGAAUUGGAUUGGUACAAUUUCUGGAACGCUGUCACAUUAUAGCGGAAUCGUUUUUAAAUCGGGUACAGUUGAAUUGGGAGAAUCCGGUUGGUGGAGACUAAUAGAUAGCGAUCCACCAGAAGUUCUUAUCUCUAAAAAUGGAAAGAUGUUAAUGGAACGUAAAAAACAAAAUGGUAAUCAACAAAAGUUAUCGGCUAAAUCGUACGUCAGUCCAACACCGUCCGAAUCAGGUAUUUCAUUAGGAGAAGACAGCAAUUAUGGAACGGAAACAAUCAAAACUCAAGGACCAUCAAUGUAUUCGCAAGCUUAUGUGCAACCAACAGAAAGAUUAUCUGAUCUUUUAUUAGAGGAAGAUGAAUUAAGUAAUAUGGAACUGGAAGAUGAUCUAAUACUAGGAGAUCAGCAGGAAUCUCCUUCCUUAUCGGAACUAUUAACAGAUUAUCAAUAUCAAAAUUAUAAUUUUAAUUUUCCUCGACAAUUUUCAUUUGACAAUUUUCUAUCUGAAUGCUCUAACAAAAUAGAAACAACGGAAGAAUCAACACUUGAUGACGUUGAUCAUAAAAUUAAAAGAGAAGAAGAGCAAUUUGCAGAAGAAAGCAAUGAUAGUCUUAGUCUUGCUCAAGAACAACCACUUCCAGCUUCUUUAUUCGAAGUUACUAAACGAGAUAAGUGGCCUUGGCAAAAAUCCAUAGUUAAUAAUGAGAAGAUACCACUUAUGACACAUCAAGAAGAAGCGUAUCUUUUACAAAGAGUUAACAAACGUUAUCUAUAUUCUGCUUUUCCUUCUACAAGACGUUUGUACAGAAAACUAUAUGUAAGGAAAUUAAAAAGAGAAUAUGGUUUACCUUUAUUGAAUAUUGAUCAUUUUGGAUGCAAAGAAGAAGUAUCUAAAAGACAUUUUAAAAAAAACGAUAGAGUCCUGGACAGAUUUUGUGGAGAUAAUCUUGGAAAUGUUUUUGAACAAAGGUUGCAAGGUCAUAAUAAACUAACAUCUAUCGUUAGUCCAUAUACGAAUAGAGUUUUGAAGCCAUUUAUAAGAAGAGAUACUUCCUCUCGACCGCUAUGGUUAGCUGUCAUGGAAGAACUUUGCGCUAAAGUUAAUAAAAAUAAUUCAUCGUGGAAACCACUGCCAAAAGCGUCAAUUGAUUAUUCUUAUAUUAGACCGCAACACAUUCCAGCGAUCAACAGCCUCUGUAAUCAAUUCUUUUGGCCUGACAUUGAUUUGACUGAUUGUUUACAAUAUCCUGACUUCAGCUGCGUCGUUCUAUACAAAAAAUUAGUAAUAGGAUUUGCGAUACUUGUACCUGAUGUAAAUUAUAACGAGGCUUAUAUAUCAUUUCUUUUAACACGACCUGAAUGGCGUAAAUCAGGCAUUGCUACAUUUAUGUUAUAUCAUCUCAUUCAAACUUGUAUGGGAAAAGAUUUAACGUUACAUGUAUCGGCUACCAAUCCUGCUUUGAUCUUAUAUCAAAAAUUUGGUUUUAAAAUUGAAGAAUUUAUUCAAGAUUUUUAUGACAAAUAUAUGCCACCAAAUUCACGAGAAUGUAGACAUGCGCUAUUUCUACGAUUAAGCAGAUAAUUUAUUUAUAUUAUUUUUGUUGAUUUUAUUUUUGAUAGGUAAUAUUUAACAAAAGAGACCCAAUGUGAA